UAAGGUUUCCGCCCCGACACAUUUCGUGCGAGUGAGUGAGAGCUACUCAUGCUCCCAGAGAUCAACAUGUUCUUGAAGAAUGGACUGCUUGGCAGAGUCGGCACUACCACAUAAUGAAUUGGAAAACACUACAGUGGGUGCUUCUCUUGGCAUGUGCUGGGCAAAUCCAUAGCCUUGCACUGCGUUUCAGCGUCCUGGAGGAGCAAGAAGCAGGCCUUAAAAUUGGAACACUAAGUACAAACUACUCAGCUCCAUACCGGCUUCUCAAUGAAAGAUACAUCAGGGUGGAUGAGAUAACAGGGGAUCUGUUCACUAAAGAUCGCCUUGAUAGAGAAACUUUGUGUCCAUCACAUCAGGAUGGAGAAUGUACUUUUUUAAAUACUGCAGUCGUGAGCCCUCAUUUGGACGUAGUUCCAAUGGUAAUUGUUGUGAAUGAUAUUAAUGACAAUGCUCCUGUUUUCGAAAGGAAUGAAAUUCCUCUACGCAUACCUGAAGAUACGUCCAUUGGGACUACUUUCCUGCUGGAUGACCAAGCCCAGGAUAAGGACACUGCAAAUAAUGGCUUGAUACAUUAUCAUUUAGAGGGAUCUAAUGGAUUUUUUGGCAUCAGACAAGAGGAUUAUGGACUCGAGCUCAUAGUACAAAAGGAACUAGACCGAGAAACUCAGGAUAACUACUUCUUAGUUCUUGUAGCAGUAGACAGAGGUUCAAUGCCACUCAGCGCUACUGCUAAUCUCAGUGUAACUGUAACCGAUGUUGAUGACAACUGCCCAGAAUUUGAUGAUGAUAGCCCCAUCAAAGCCAUUGUGCCAGGAUUAGGAAUCAAGGGCACUGCGGUGGCUCAGCUUAAAGCAACAGACAAAGACCUGGGCCAAAAUGCCCAGAUCACAUUUUCCUUCAGCCGUCAGAUCUCAGACAGAGCCAAAACACUCUUUUACAUGGACAGACACACAGGCCUGAUCAGCUUAGCAGUUGAUGUGCACACUGACAGUCCUGAGGAGCACAUGCUGAAAGUUUUUGCGAAUGGUCCACUUUGCCCCCCUGCACAAGCUCAAGUAACUGUAUACAUUCAGCCCAUGGUGAGCUCUGAGCCGACCAUAAAGAUCAGGUUUGUCACAGAGCAUAAAAACCAAGUAAUCAUGUUACAAGAGAACGAACCCCCCACCGUCUUGGCCCUCUUGGAGUUGGAAGACACCUCUAGUGAUAAAGGUACUCUGUCCUUAGAAACAGACAGCAUGCCAUUUUCUUUGAAACAGCAAGCAGGCAGCUAUUUGCUUUCAACAUCAAAAGCUCUAGAUUUUGAGCUGUGCGGCGAGUACGAUGUUACAGUUGUUAUUUCUGAUCCUCAUGGCGCACGCCUACAUGGAAGGGAAGUGAUCAAAGUGGUGGUUCAAGAUCUGAAUGAUAAUGCCCCAAAGUUUGAACAAACACGUUACGAAACAGACAUCAAGGAGAACAACAAGCCUGGAGAGUUUCUGCUGAAGGUACAGGCUACUGAUGCAGAUAGCCAUCAGUUUGGCAAAGUAGAGUAUAGGAUUACAAACGGGAGUCCUUUCAGAAUUCAGGAAGAGACAGGUGUGAUAUUGGUCACAGAGCCUUUAGAUAGAGAACAGCAGGGGACAUACAUCCUGACUGUUCUUGCCCAGGACGGCGGCGAUCCUUCUCAGGAGGCCUUUGCUAUUGUGUUUGUAAAUGUACUGGAUAUGAACGACAAUCCACCAGCCUUUCCAACCCCUCAUUUCUAUUUUUUUGUGUCUGAGAGCCUUCCGCAUCUUUCUCAAGUCGGUAAAGUCACAGUAAGUGAUGCUGAUGACGGAGACAAUGGAAGAAUAGUGGAUUUGCGUAUAUUAAAUGACAAGGCCCCUUUCGUCAUAGACAUGUCACAAGGGAUGCUCCGCAGUACUGGUGAAGUCGACCGUGAGAAGCAAGAUCGCUAUGAGCUUUUGGUUGUCGCUGUAGAUGGUGGCAGUCCAGUCCUCUCCACUACUGUGAAAAUGACUGUUUUUGUUGAGGAUAUCAAUGAUAAUCAACCACAGGUCCUUCUUCCUAGCAGCAACCUGUCCUGUCUGACCAUAUCUCCAGCUACCCAGGCAGGAAGCAUGAUAACAAAGAUCUACGCCAUUGACGAGGACUCAGGAAUGAAUUCAGAUAUCACAUAUCAAAUUAUUGCAAGUGAACCAGCUCUCCAAAGCCCCUUUCAGAUUGACCAGCACUCAGGAAACAUCACCCUUGUCCAGCAUCUGCGCGGUGAAGACUACGGCAUGCACCACCUUUUCAUAGUUGUUCGUGAUGGAGGAAAACCAGACCCGCUGCAGACCACCAUAUGGGUUAAUUUACUGGUCAAUGAAACUUUGGAAAAAUGUCACGUUAAUGCUGUCCCAGAAUACUCUCCUCAGACAUUGCCUACUUCAAUGCCGCUUUCUGUCAGAGGCUCCAGAUGUGAAUCAAAUUCCUGGCUCAUUUUUCUUUGUGGCCUGGGCCUGAUGGUCAUGUCGGUUUUUAUUCUUCUAGUGUCUGUAGUGGUAUUUCUAAAACACAAAAAGACGAGAAGAAAAAUGGAAAAAAAGGAUGUAUGGGAAAGUAAAAAUAUCUGUGAACUGAAACCUUUAAACUAAUGCAAAGGCCUUACAGAUAUACUGAUUAAAUAUUUUUGCAAGUAUGGCAAGAGUGAAAAUAUAUGUAUAUAUUUCUUUCUUUGAAAUAAUAUUCUUUGGCUAGUAUUAUAAUAGGUCCAUAAUAUAUUGCUGUAGUACUGCUAUGAUCUACUGUCAAGUCUAUUAGUGCUUUUGCCAAGAAUAUGAGUCUUAACUUAAAAUUUUAAAUAAACUUGCAUAAAAUGAAUUCUUUAAGGUAUAAUAGAUAAAGAUAAUGUUUAAUCAAUUAUGUGACACUGAAUUACCAUAAAAGUCUUACAGAAACAAAAGCCCUUUUAUAAAUUUUUUAUUUUUUUUAUCUUGUGAACCACUCUUUUAUAUUGUACAUUAGAUGAAACCAUCAGCAGAUCUUAUUGUGCAUAUCUUCAUCAGACUUUCAAAAGUAAAUUAAUGCUGGUUGAUGUUAGAUAAAUAAAAGAAGAAGUAAAGAUUACAAAGAUGCAGACAUAUAAGCCUCUGUGAUCCUCAGUGUCUUCAACAGAAGAGAAUAAACACUUUUCAACCAA